GGCAGAAAGAAGCGGCUAAUCGACUCCUUUGCUCUCGAUCAAUCGCCGCCGAAGAGCGCACCAUCGUGGGAGCCAUGUAUGGGUCGAGAGGGGCAAUGUUGGGGAGCGGGGGGGGUUCGGACGGGUACGAUGGGACAAAGAGGCCAAGAAUGAUGGAAUCAAAUCCCUACUUCGCAGUGAGCAGCGGCUUUGCUAUGGAUGGAUACGAGGUUGGCUCAAAGAGGUCAAGAUUGAUGGAUUCAAGUCCCUAUUUCUCGGUGGGAGGUAUUGGCAGCUCCUACCAGUCUUUUGGUAGCAGUUUCAAUGGAGGAUUUGGCAGCAUGCACUCCUUCCCAGUGGUCCGACUGAGAGGCCUUCCGUUCAACUGUGAUGACCUGGACAUCAUCAAGUUCUUUAUGGGUCUGGAUAUUGUGGAUUGUCUGCUUGUUAACAAGAGUGGGCGUUUCUCUGGAGAUGCAUUCGUUGUCUUUUCAUCACCCAUGCAGGCUGAGUUUGCCCUGCAAAGGGAUAGGCAGAACAUGGGCCGCAGGUACAUCGAAGUCUUCCGGUGCAGCAAACAAGACUAUUACCGUGCAGUUGCUACGGAGGUUAACAGUGGUGGCUGGGCCUUUGAGGAUGAGUAUCACCAAGAUGCCCCACCUGUCCGUGUGAAGAAAUCAUACGAGGACAAGGACAAGAUGGAGUACACUGAAGUCCUAAAGCUUCGUGGUCUUCCUUACUCUGUUACCAAGUCUGAUAUAGUCGACUUCUUCGAGGAAUUUGAGCUGAGCGAGGACAAAGUACACAUUGCUUAUCGCCUGGAUGGGAAAGCCACAGGUGAGGCAUUGGUGGAGUUCCCAUCCGUGGAGGUGGCAAAGAAGGCUAUGUGCAAGGACAAGAUGACGAUCGGCUCAAGGUACGUCGAGCUUUUCCCUUCGACACCCGACGAGGCAAGGAAGGCUGAAUCUAGGUCCAGAGAAUUGAAUCAAUAAACAUGGGUAAUGUUAGAGCUGGAUUUUUCGUUCUCACUUUUUUUUUUUCCUUCUGGGGUCAUUGGUUCUUCCUUUGUCUGUAUUGGGUAUUAGCUUCAGUGAUAUGCUUUAUUCUCGGUACUGAAACUUGUAUCAUGAAGCUGAUGACACACUGCACAUCAUAGAAGUGUACAAUAUUUGUUAAUGGCCUUGGAAAGCAGGAACCACCGGUGCAUCAGAGCACA